UACACAAACUUCGAAUCGAUAACCUAAGGAUCAAGUGAGAAAAAAAGUGUGGAGAUUUUGAGGGGGCAAUGAACUUGAGUCUAUGGAGCAAUGAGGGCUAAAACUCUCUCACCUGAUCUGAGAGUUUUGGUUAUUGAAAAAGGGAGAUUUCUUUCUAAGGUGAAGAUUUCUGGUGGUGGUCGAUGUAAUAGAUUGGCAGAGAAUUAUCCUCGUGGUAAUAAAGAGCUUAAAGGUUCAUUUUUCUUCACACAUGGUCCUGCUGAUACCAUACGAUGGAGAGUGUUCUACGUGAGCGAUAAUUCAACUUCUGUAAUUGAUUGUCUUUUGAAUGAAGCAAAUGUUAGAGGAGUUAGGCUUGAGAGAGGAAAGUCUGUGUUAAGUGCUUCUACUAAACCCGAUGGAAAGUUCGUUAUUAAAGUUGGGAAGCGAAGUGAUGACACUUCUGAAUCUAUCGAAGCUUCAUUUCUUCUUAUUGCAACCGGAAGUAGCAAACAGGGUCACGCUUUAGCCACUCAAUUUGGUCAUUCCAUUGUCGAUCCAGUACCGAGUUUAUUCACUUUUAAGAUCAAUGAUCCAUCGAUGGCUGCGUUGCAGGGUUUCUCCAAAGUCCAAGCCAAACUAAAUUUAGAAACUCCACGCCCGGAUUUGUCAAACCUUGUGCAGACUGGUCCAAUGCUUGUGACACAUUGGGGACUAAGUGGACCAGUUAUCCUCCGUCUCUCUGCAUGGGGUGCACGACAUCUUUUCAGUUCUGAGUACAAAGGGCUUCUUACUGUUGACUUCGUACCGGAUAUUAACAUCGAAGCUGCUAAAUCUGUACUCAAACAACACAAGCUGCAGUUUUCAAAGCAUAAAGUAUCCAAUUCCUUUCCUCAGCAGUUCGGUCUUGUCAAUAGAUUCUGGAGUUACAUUCUAUCCCGCGAGGGUUCUUUAAGAGAUACCUUGUGGGCUUCAUUGUCAAAUAACUCAUUGAGCUCUAUUUCCGAUCUUCUUAAACAUUGUACAUUUCAAGUCACUAGAAAGGGUCAAUACAAAGAUGAGUUUGUGACAGCAGGAGGAGUUCCUUUAUCCGAGAUUUCUUUGAAGACUAUGGAGAGCAAAUUGGCUCCGAAUCUUUUCUUUGCAGGAGAGGUACUAAAUGUAGAUGGAGUUACAGGAGGCUUCAAUUUCCAGCAUGCUUGGUCAGGUGGAUAUAUCGGAGGCACACACAUCGGCAAAUUAGCAAGUAACAGAAAUUCUACAGAAAGAAAAGUAGAACACAAUUUUGUUUUCUCA